AUGCCUCAGGGCGCAUCCUCAUCACGUCGACAUGACGACCUCCCACUCUCAAACACCGCUGACAGCUUGCUAGAACGACCAGACCGCCAGGGCAGGAGGCGGCCCUUCUCCACCUGGGUCAAGAAGCUCACCAACUUCAAGGGCGGGUCCUCCGGCGAGCCCGGGCGCCAUGGCAGCAACACCAAGCGCAACCUCCCGCAGAUGCGCAUGUCCAAGAAGCGAGGCGCAAAGGAGAACAACCCAUACCCCCAGUCCGGCAGGCUCGGCAACGGCAGCAACGAGAACCACGACAGCCAUCAAUCCUUCUCUACGGCACAAAGCGCCCUGACGUCGAGCGCGACCUCGAUGGGCCGGAGCGAGUCGGUUCGGUCCUCCCUCGAUGGCCAUGCGCCGCCGACCGCGGGAGCACGCUCCAUGGCCCCGACAGUUUCUACAGACCACGAAGCAUCUCGCUCGGUUGCAGCGCAGUCUCAUGCCGCCUCGUCGGUAGCAGGCACGAGUCGUACAGCGAACGGUGGACUGGAGUCAAGACGAGGGGAAGGCAGCACAUUCUCGUCUCCCGCACCGUCCGUGCGGUCUCUGACGACCACGCUGACAACCAUACAAUCGCUCGGGCCCAAUACCGCGAUCGCACCCAGCACGACCAACGGCUCACAUCAUCAACACAGCGGCUCCCAGGUCAUACACUUCAACCAGCCCUUCCCUAAUACCCCUGCUUCGGCUAUUCCGUCCCACCUGACCCCGUCAGGCAGCACGCCGGGCAACCCGACCACCUACGCAAGCGCAACCGCCAACAACCUGCUCACCGACAACGCCUCCAUACUCACCCUCGCGUCGUCGAGCAAGCGGAGGCGCCGCCGCUCCUUCGACACGGAUGCCUCGGUCCGCGCCCUCGCGCCCUCGUCCCUCUGGGGUGGCAGCCGAGAGAGCCUGCCGCUGUCCGUCUUGUCCGCCAACAUGGACGGCGCCGGAGCCGGCACCGGCGUGCCCGUGACCCCGGGCCUGCAGCACACGAGAACGACAGAGCGCACGAGCAUCUACAGCGCCACCGGCGGCAUCCUGUCGAGCGAGCGGAACAGCUUCUACGCGAAGCGCGAUCUGGCCGGCGGCGGUGCGGGUGUGGCGGGCGACGGCGCCAGUGUGCGGAGCGGCGCGUUCGGCCACGGGCGGGCGGACAGCGUCAACGGCAGCAUCGGCGGGCUGACGAGCCCGCUCGCGAGCCCGCGGGAGGCAGCGGGCGAGAAGGAGAAGGAGCUUGGCAAAGGCAAGGAUGUCGAGGAGAGCUAUGAGAAAGCACCGGCGAGAGACGAGUAG